AUGGAGGCAGCUUCUGCAUUUCAGAGGUUCCUGAAACUCUUGCAUUUUGCAGCUGAGAAGAAGAUGUCGUUGCCGAGUUUACAAGACCAAGUGGUGGAUGCUGGCAUGGUCAGUGAAUGUGUGCAGGAAGUACGAAUGUCGUGCGACUUUGCUUUGCCUCCCGAUCCUGAAACCUGCCAACCAGCUCGCAGCCUCUUCCAGGAGGAGAUGUCUAAGGUGGUCGAAAACAAAGCCAAACCGCCAACCACUGUCGCAUUCUGCAUGCUGUUUCUGCGGGUGGAGCCAGACACCCUCUCUCUUGUCAAGGUUAGGCCCGAUGCAUCGCACCAUGCCGAUGGGUAUGAGCACUUGUUCUGUGUCAAGGACAUCUGGUCGCAGUUGAAUGUGUCUUCGACUUACUUUGCUUGGUGGGGAAAGAAUGCUCGGUCAGGCCUCUUUGAAGACUACCAGCGACGCUGGGACCUUUCAAACCGACACAUCAUCAGGCCAGACAACUACAAAGGCGAGCAGUCUGCAGUCGUGUGGCCCGGCCUGAAGUACGAUGCUUGCUCCAUUGCUGGCCUGCUGUUGAUUUUGGGCAUGUUCGCCCAAAUCCGCGGACUCAGCCAGCAAACCCAACAGAGAUGUGUCUCUCUUCUUCGUCGUUUGCUGGCCCUCGCCGACUUCUCACAGGGGCUUCGCCUGCUGCCAGACUGUGUGCUUGAGCUGGAAGAAGGGAAAGUGAACCUGACUUCCUUUCUGUCUCGCUUCGAAGAUGGCAUCCGAGAUGACUUGGAGAAGAGGUGGGAGAAUUGCACGGCUCUAGGUGCUUCGAGAACGAAUAUUCGAGGACAUGUCCCGCUGGCUGAUGCUGUUUGGUUCCUUUUUCGUUUGCAGGCAGAUGGCCUUGACGAGGCCGUGCCAGUGACAAGACUGCAAAAGCGGUUGCUUCAUCUGGUGGCCCAGCAGCUGGAGAAGGGCUUCGUGUCUGGCAACAUCCACCUCCGAGAUACUCCUCCUCGUCCGCAGGAGGAGGGAGAUGCAAGCACCCCUUGGAGUACAGGUUCAGCUGUGCGGAAUGCCAACUUGGCGAGGCAAGAGUUGUUGAAACGGUUUCUCGGUAGGGGCAGUGGUUUUAUCUCGGGGCUGCGCAAUAGCAGCAACAAGGAGAUCUGCCCUGUCCAGCUAAAGGGCACAAAGGGCCGAAACCUGGGAUCCGUUGCAGCUGAUCAAUUCGUGACGGCCUACAUGGUCAACGCUUCACAGGCUUUGCUGAAGAAGAUGUCUCUACAAAAGUACAAGCACAUGGCUUGGUACGAGGACGCCAGCAAAGUGGGGACUCACGAGGUCUUGGAAGUGCAUCUUUCGGCUGAUGGAUUGGUCGUUUGUGCUCCGAUCUCGCUUUCGCCCCAGCUCAAGACGACCCAGGAGUCGUCCCUGCAAGACAACCUGCAAAAGCUUGAGAGCCUGGAGGCCUCUUUGGAGGCUCCUGGGCCCAAAGACCUUUGCCAGUCGGAGAAGGUUGCAACAAGACAGAAGCUGCUAGGUUUGAAUCAAAGCUUGAACGUCUUCAUGUCUUUCAAUCUUUCGAAUCUGCAGCCGAGCAGGGCACUCAGACCUGCGACACGAUCCGAGAGACGGAUCACGAUCGAGGAUGGUGGGCUGGUUCGGAGCUACCUUUGGGAUGCCAACACAAAAACCUCCGAGUGGCAGUCGACUGACUUUGCCAACUUCCACAGUUUGGUUCGCAUGUCAACCUUGCAAGAUGAAGGCGACUGCACAGGUGCCAUGUCUAUGGCCCAGAGCGGCCUCAGUGUGCACAUCCACCGAGACACUUCCCACAAAUUGGCCCGAGAGGAAGUCUUAGCAGCUGCUGCCGUGCCGGAGAUCGCGAUCAUAAAAAAGCAGGUUGCCCUCAUCUGCAAGUACGACAAGGCGCCCUGGAAGUCAUCAAGCUUUGGCCGUCGCAUUGCUGAAGCAAAGGAGUUGGUGACUGAGAUCCCGGACGAUCAUUGCUUGAUCCAGAUGUGUUCGGCAGGCAUUUUCGACGACCUGCAGAUGAGUCCGGCAUCCUCGCUGCAGGAUGCCAAGGCAGCUUUGAUUUCCUUUGCCAAGAAGGGCCGGUCGGGCACCGGCAGUGAGCACAAGUCAGGCCGGUGGUGCGAUUUCGUCGACUCUUUCGCUCGGCUACGGAAAGAAUGGCACAGUCGCCUUUUCUUCCACCUCUUUGCACUGGUCCUCGAAGGCAAGAAUCCCAUGCACGCACUAGCAACCAGCUUCGAGAAACUCGGCACUGAAGAUGACCUUGCCUUGCAGCCGAAGGUACUCCGAGUGCUUGUGCAGCCACGAUGCAAGGCGAUUGCUAACGCCGUAUUCUUUGCUCUGCAGCCUUUUCGUGCCUUCCAGGCAGCCGAGGUGAAGCUGGACAAACGAAGAAAUGGCACGGCCUCGCUGAGACGGUAUGUUUCCUUGCAGUGGCCCGGCUUGAUUCUGUCCACCAUGCAAUCCGGGCUGGAUCACAUCAAGGAGAUCCUUGGAACACUGGACCCGUCCCAGGUGCCCGAAGUACUUUCCGUGCAUUUCAAGCACCUCGUCGCAACUGUUCAGCGAUUCUUCGAGUUCGGAUUGCUCCACCAAGUGUUCCCUUGGAGAUUUGCCUUAUUAUUGGACCACGAUGAGAACGUGGUUGCCAACACCCUCAAGCAAAUGGAGUCGGAAUGGAAGUUCCUUCUGGCUCAGGAAGAAUCUGUCGAAAAUGCCGCUCAGGCUUAUCCACUCAAGGACGUCCCAUGGACCAAAUGGUUUUGCUACAGAGAAAUUAUGACAUUUUGCGAAGAACGACGAUUCAAGAUGGACGAUGAUGUUCGACAACUGGUGCAGGCAUGGCAGCCCGAUCCGGCUUCCACUUUGGGCUGUGAAGACAGCUUCAGACACCUUCGAAAAGGCGAGCGGCAGCAUGCUGGGGGCGAGAUUGCACCGGUCCAGUUGCAGGCCCUCAGCAUAAAGGGUGUGAACGAAAGAUACUCAGACUUCGACAAGGUCGAUGUGGACCCGAGCGAGGUGCACACCAUUCCUUUGAAGUCUACAGUGAAGUCCUCAGUCUUCACAGCCAAACGAGCAACAGCAUCCGACACUGGCUUAUCUGGCUUUUCGCAGAUGCUGAAAGAGACCACGGUUUCGCCCCACCAUCUCACCAGGCGCUGCAUCAACUUGUGGCUGGCCUACAAGGCGAGGAAUGGAAGCUUGAGCAACAGCUGGAUUGCAGACCUCGCUCGCCCUGGCCAGGUGUUGCUGUUCCAACAACAGCCCUUCCUAGUCAUCGAUGCCCCGUAUGUUCUUCUCCGGGUGUGGCCAUUGAAACUGGAGAAGAUGCAGCUCGAGAACCAAAUGGUGGAUGUGGCUAAGAUCUGCACGGAUGACAUAUUUCCGUCCUCUGCUCAUGACUUGCAGCUGCUCCCUCCAACUCCUAUCUUCGUCGACCUGGGAAACAAGGGCAAGUUCAGGCUGAAGCUGGGAGCACCCAUUCCACUGGUGAACUAUGCCCUCGAGAACUAUGCUUGCCGACUCUCCGCGCACAGCCUUCGUUGCCUUUGCCAAGCUUCAAACAUCGUUGUGGCUGGGAACUGCAGCAGAAAGGUUUGCUGCGAAAAGCUCCUUCAUCAUUUCGCUUAUGACAAAGAGGUCACACUUCGCAUCCUCAGCACCUUCCAGGCCCGCAAGAAAAAGAAGGACGACACUGAGGACGACUGUGAGGAUGCCAAUGAUGAUGCCGAUGAUGCUGCCGAUGAGUUGGAUUUGACGGGUGCAGACACGAUGUGUGAAGCAAAAUUGCUAUCCAAGGUAUUGCAAACUAUGGAAAGCCGGAUGGCUUCCGUGUCAGAGCGAGAGGAGCAGCAGGAGCCGACUACGAAGCUCCAGCCGGCAGCUCCAUGGAAUGAGAAGGAUCGGGGGCUCGAUGACAAAGAGGAUGUGACUGAAGACGUGGUCCCCCCGGGCUGCCGUCUUGAUCUGAGACGUCCCCAGGCGGCAUCGCCGUAUGUGCAAGGCUGGUUGCCUUCCGGUCAGAGCUGGAAAGGGAACAAGUCCUCGAGCAGGGCAUUUCGGCCAAAAACGGCCAUCUCAAAUGUGGAUUCUCGUGUGACUAGAAGUUUCUUCUCGGCAAAGGCCGAGGUCCUCGCAUUCUUGUGGGAGUGGCACGAAGCCAAACAAUCUGGCUCGGAGGAUCCUGGCCCAUCAACCAAGAGGUUGAGGACACAAUGA